AUGUAUAAAUUAAAGGUUCGUGUUGGGGAUGUCGGUGGUCAAUCAGUUGGUUAUUACGGUGGAUGUUACACUCCUCAAAACGAUUGCAUCAUUGCCUACUCGUAUUUCGGUGGUUUCUAUUGUUGGCGUUCAGCAGAUGAAUCACNAGGAGAAGGAGGAGAUGGGGGAUAUUUAUGGGAGUCGCGACCACUUUUUGGGGGUCAUUCGAUGGCCGUGUGCGAUGUUUGUUGGGAUCCAAGUGGAACCUAUCUGCUAUCGUGUUCACUCGAUCAAACCACACGUUGUUUUGCACCCUACAAGGAUACGGAUUCAUACGCAGAAAUCGCUCGUCCGCAAGUGCACGGUUAUGAUCUGGCUUGCCUGGCUUCUGUGUCACCGAGUUGUUUUGUGUCGGGUGCAGAGGAGAAGAUUCUUCGUGCAUUUCGGGCACCGAAAACAUUCGCGAGAAGUUUAGCGAACCUUUCGAAGUGCAAUUUCGACAAGUUGUUCCCUGAUACCGACAAAUUACCUGAACAAGGUGCAUCAGUGCCAGCUCUAGGACUGUCCAACAAAGAAAUUGGCGAAGAUCAAGGUUUAGAGUAUGGUCUUGGUGGGAACGCCAAUGAAAUCGCAUCGUUGACCGCAAAUCCGGUCGUUCUUGAAGGUGAAUUCCGAUUGAUUGUUGUUUUGUGA